CAAUCUGUUUUGGCAUCAUGCGGUUCCUGCUUCUUCUGCUUUCCACCCUCUUGAUCCUGGUUCUGACUUCUCCAGGGUCUGCUAAAAGAACAAACUCCGAUCUCGAAUGUCAGCAAGAAAAAGGGCUGUGUCUCCUUCAAAGGUGUCGGCGUCCCUGGCGCUCAGCGGGAACAUGCAAUACCCCGCAGCACCACUGCUGCCAAAGAGGGACACAUCUGCCUCCUAUGAUUCCCAUCGUCAAUCAAGAAUACAGGAGUAAAUGA